AUGAACUUCGACGAUUCUGAUUUGGAUGAAGGAAUUUUUAUCAAUACACCUUCUGGAGGUAUGAGGCUGUUUUUUACCUUUCUGAUGCCCUUUGAUGGAGCUUCUGUUUAUUUACCGCUGAGAAUACGUAAAUUUGUCGUAAUCGGAACAUUUAGUCUGCUAUAACAUUGUUUUAGACAGCGAUUCAAACAAUGACUUCUUUUCGAAUUCUCCACCUCUUGAUCCAGCUAUGGCAAUGCCCUAUCCUCCUUUCGAUGGUUCGAGUAGGUUUUUAUUCCAUGCCCUUGUUCGGUUUUAGGUAAUAUUGCAUCAAAGUUAAUAUAAGGUCGUCAUUUGAUUGAUCUUGGCGAAUCUCGUCUUUGUUUUUUAUUUGGGUUUAAAAGAUGGUUGUCUAGAAUCCAGGCAUCGGUAAUUCGUCAUAGUCAAAAAUCGACUUAUGUUUGAUCUAUUUCAAAUUUAUUACCUAAAAUCUUAAUUUUAGGCACGCCGAACGAGUACAGUCGCGGCAAUCACUUUCCACAGUCUCAGAAGCGCAAGUUCGAUGUACCAGGCUUAGAAGGGCUUUCGGAUCGUGAAAUCCAACAAUUUAAUGCGGCGUUUAACGCGGUGUUAUUUCCACAGCCAGUCCUCGCUGCCGCCCAUCAAAUGUUCCAUUCUAUCAGUGACGAUAUGAAAAAGAAGGGCAGAAGCAAGUCGACUCCUCCCGAAUUCCGCGAUUAUCCGCCGGAUCCCAACAGUUUUGAGGCCAAACGUGCUGCAAUGUUCUCUCCCGAGCACAAUCCAUUCAUGGUUGGUGGAGGUGAUACCUAUUAUCCGGCAGGUCAAGUUCUCUACUGUCAUCCGGGAAUGGAGUACCUUCAGAUGCAAAUGGCCAUGGCUUCUCGUUUUCAGGUAGGCGUUUCGAGUGUUUUUUUUUUUUUUUUUGAUUUUUAGGGAUUGAACGGUGAAUUCUGACGAAGAGAAACGUUUAAUUAGGCUUAAAGUUCUAAUUCUAGGCUCAAGUUCCGUUCCUUUAUGGCGCUGCUCGUCCUCCACCUUCUCAACACUCUACCAAAUGUUAUGUAAACUCUCAUGAGGAUACUCCUGUAUUCUCGGCCGCUGCUUUGGGCGAAGUUCAGGCCAGCCGACCUCGACCCAGAACUCGUCCAAUUCGAGGAAGACCAAUCGCAGUUUCCACCAGAGAAUCUACCAGAUCCCCCUCGUUGGAUGGGGAAAUUCCAUAUUAUAUUCCAAGACAUGCCCGGACCUCACCUCAAAGCGCGCAGGAAAUGUCUGUUGAUGGGACCAAGUCUCAGUCCAGGUCGACUCCGACACUCGGAAAUGGAACUCCAUAUCAAAGUAAUUCUCAAGGACAUUCCAGUGAUCAAGGAAAAGAUAAUCGAAAUGGACCCAAAGAGAAAGCCCAGAUCCCGGAAAUCCCAAUCCAUGAGGAGAAACAGCCUUCUGGGUCCACGUAUAAGACUCCUGAUGAAGACAUGGUCUAUACUUGCCUUGGUGUCCCACUUGAUGAUGACGAUGAGGUGGAGAAAGAGGAGAAACCGUACAUUCCACCGCCAUUGAUCGACCCGGAGACCGGAUUGAUGGGAGAGGAAUUGGAUCGAAAAAGACGUCAGGAUUAUCAACGGGAAGUGGCCAUUAGAAGAAAUUCGUUGAAAAAUGAGAAGUGGAAGGACGAAGAUGAACAGUCGGUAAAAGAUCUGUUCAGAAGACUGAAGGUCAAUGAUCCACAAGGAGAACCGAUCGUUCGGACCUAUUUGUGGGGUCGAAAUCAAGGAAAUGUUGUAAAGGUAAGGCUUUGAUGGAAAUAGACAUGGCUCGUCGGCCGGCCCGGGCCGAAAAUCUCGGCCCGGCCCGUCGGCCUGAAGGGUUCCGGCCCGGCCCGUUUCAAAUUUUCCGUCGGCCCGGCCCGUUUUAAAUUUGCUUCGGCCCGGCCUGGGCCGGCCCAUUGAAACGAAAGUCUCCCCAAUUCUAACUCCUUAUGUCCAAAUUUUUUUCUAUCAUCAUGUAAAUGGAUAUAUACUGUGUUCCAUAGCUAUCUAAAAACAAAAAUACCUUUAAAAAAACCAAUUGUGCCUUGACAUUGCGUUUAUUUUCAUUAUCAAACCCAAUUUUUGCUCCGAGAUUCUGGAUUUUAAAUACUCCGGGCCGGGCCGGGCCGAAACGCCGGCCCGGCCGACGGGCCGGAGAUGGUCCGGCCGGCCCGGCCGAUCUGAAAUCGGGCUGACGGGCCGAAAUUUCGGCCCGGCCCACGGCCCAGGCCGGCCCGGCCCGGGAGCCAUGUCUAGAUGGAAAGGAUUCGGGUCGAUUGCACAGGGCAGUCAAAAACUUUGGAAUUCAUUGCACGGUGCAGAGAAAAAAGUGGGUCUGAACUCGCAGUGCGGGCGAAAAAAAAUUUGAGUUGACUACACAGUGCGGUGAAGGAACUGUUUUUGAGCCUCCAUUGGGCAAAAAUAGCAGUAACUUCCGAUUGCACUGUGCAAAAAUUUUAGUCAAUUUCGAGACAGCACAGUGCGAUUUGAUAUUUUUUGAUUGCACUGUGCGGAACGAAAAACCUUGUAAUUAUUUUGUGAGAGCGUAAAUCUCCUUUUCAGUGGGUCCAAGCAUUCCUGAACAGAAAUCGCGGCCAUGUUUAUAUUCCACAUAAGUUCAUCGUUCUCAAUGUUUGGAAUCUAGAUCGCCCGGAGGACAAGUUGUGGCGCGCAGAAGUGUACAACAAGUAAGGGGGUUGGGAAGGGGUAAUUUGAGUAUUUUGAUCAUUCAUUCAAUAAUUGUUUCCCGUUUUCAGGCACAUUUUAUUCCACGGCGUCAACAAGAACAAUGUCUACACCUAUUUGAAGGAAGGAUUCAGCGCCAAAGAAGCAUGGUCCUCGGUGAGUUGGUUUUGAUUUUUCUUUUGGCUUUUAGGAGAUUUGAGAAGGAACUGAAUAGACGUCCAAUUCUCGUUUUGUUUCAGAACAAGGCUGUUUUCCAAAACGCAAUCUACUUCCACGACUGCAGCACAAAAGCCGCCAACUUCACCUUCCCGGACGCCUAUCGUUGGGAGAGGAAGGCGGACCGGCAACUCUGCAAACCGAUGAAUAAAGAGAUUAUUUACAUCCUCAUUUGCCAUGUGGCUUUGGGCGCUCAGAUCAACUCCGAACAAGCGAUCAAAUCGAAGUCUAUGCUCAAGUCAAUGUGGGAUAAUUAUGAUUCUUUGCGACUGGAAGGACUCUGCAGAUGCACUGGAGUUAUGAAGUAAGUGAGCUGAGGGAUGAUUUGGAGCUUUGAUUUUAGAAUUGAGGGAGGAUCAGUGGAAAUCCCUAUGGGACCAUUUACUCAGCUCCCGGCUCAGGAGGAACUCGACCGCGCUGUGAAAACGCACAGCCUUUUUGACGACUAUUGCAUCCAGAAUCCGCAUUUGGCCAGAAUCAGCUACCUCGUCGAGGUCCAAUACAUCGAGGAGCGUCCUCAGUUCCAACUCGAAUAA